CGCGGCCGCCGUUGCCGCCUGCAUCCGGGGCCAGCUUGAGGAGAGCGCGCCGGCGUUAGGCGCGGGGAGGAGAAGGAGUCGACAGGGUCCCGGGCUAGCGGGCAGACGAGCGCCGGAGUCAUGCAGCGGGCGGCAGGCUUGGUGCUGGGGCUGCGCGCCGGCUGCUGCCCGCGCUCCCCAAGCUGGGGCCGGGGCCGGGGCCGGAGCUGGAGCAGCGCGGCCGCCGAGGCCUCGGCGGUGCUGAAGCUGAGGCCGGAGAAGAACGGGCGCCAGCGGAUCUUGACGCCCGAGUCCAUGAACCCUCUGGUGAAGGCGGUGGAGUACGCGGUGCGGGGGCCCAUCCUGCUCAAAGCUGGCGAGAUCGAGAUGGAGCUGCAGCGGGGUAUCAAAAAACCUUUCACAGAAGUCAUAAAAGCCAACAUUGGUGAUGCCCACGCAAUGGGCCAGCAGCCAAUCACCUUCCUCCGACAGGUGGUGGCUCUUUGCACAUAUCCAAACCUGUUGGACAGCCCUAGCUUCCCAGAAGAUGCCAAGAACCGAGCCAGGAGGAUCUUAAAGGCGUGUGGGGGGAACAGCCUGGGGGCUUACAGUGCCAGCCAGGGUGUCAACUGCAUCCGAGAAGACGUGGCAGCGUACAUCGAGAGGAGAGAUGGCGGUGUGCCUGCAGACCCAGACAACAUUUACCUGACGACUGGCGCUAGCGACGGCAUUUCUACAAUUCUAAAGAUUCUGGUGUCUGGUGGAGGAAAGUCCCGGACUGGAGUGUUGAUCCCCAUCCCCCAGUAUCCUCUGUACUCAGCUGUCAUUUCGGAGCUGGAUGCCAUCCAGGUGAACUAUUACCUGGAUGAAGAAAACUGCUGGGCUCUGGAUGUAAAUGAGCUCCGACGUGCAGUGACUGAAGCCAAGGAAUACUGUAACCCCAAAGUCCUCUGCAUCAUCAAUCCUGGGAACCCUACAGGUCAGGUCCAGAGCAGAAAAUGCAUUGAAGAAGUGAUUCACUUUGCCUGGGAAGAGAAGCUCUUCCUCUUGGCUGACGAGGUGUACCAGGACAACGUAUAUCCCAAGGACUGCCAAUUUCAUUCCUUCAAGAAGGUUCUCUAUGAGAUGGGCCCAGAGUACUCAAGCAACGUGGAGCUUGCAUCCUUCCAUUCCACCUCCAAAGGCUACAUGGGCGAGUGUGGCUACCGAGGGGGCUACAUGGAGGUGAUCAACUUACAUCCAGAGAUUAAGGGACAGCUUGUCAAGAUGCUCUCUGUGCGGCUCUGUCCCCCGGUGUCGGGACAGGCAGCCAUGGACAUUGUCGUGAACCCCCCUGUGCCGGGAGAGGAAUCUUUUGAGCAGUUCAAUAGGGAGAAGGAGUUUGUCCUGAGCAAUCUUGCAAAAAAAGCUAAGCUUACAGAAGAUUUGUUUAACCAAGUGCCAGGAAUUCACUGUAAUCCCUUACAAGGAGCAAUGUAUGCCUUUCCCAGGAUCUUCAUCCCAACGAAGGCAAUUGAGACAGCUAAGGCCCAUAAGAUGGCCCCAGACAUGUUUUACUGUAUGAAGCUUCUGGAAGAAACUGGAAUCUGUGUGGUACCUGGCAGUGGCUUUGGCCAAAGGGAAGGGACUUACCACUUAAGAAUGACCAUCCUCCCUCCUGUAGAGAAGCUAAAGAUUGUCCUGGAGAAGGUGAAGGACUUCCACAUAAAGUUUCUUGAGAAGUACGCCUGAGGCCCAAGGCAGCAUUGCCCGAGGAACAGAGACCUGGCGAUGUGUUUCUAGUUUGCCUGGGUCCACAGAAGCCUUGGCUCAGGAAGCUGGUCGGCCAGAAACAAUUCUUCCCCAACAACUCUGCCAAGCAUCUUGCCUGGGGGACUUUGUGAUGUCCAUCUUUGGUUUUGUCAUAGGAGACUUUUUGUGCCUUGAUGAUGAGAAUACUUCUCUUCCAUGUUUCUGUUUCCAAUCAAGUUGGGAAUUGGUCACAAUUCAGAAAGCCCUGUAGGCCCUGAUAUCCACAGAGCUUGAACUUGAUCAGCAGACGUGGCCAACCAGUGCCCUCUGGUUUCUUUUGAAAAUCCUAUUUGAGUUUGUAAAACAAAACAAAACAAAACAAAAGUUAUGUUGUUUUAAGUGGUUUCAGGUCUAGGGCAAAAAGCAGGUGCCAGAGAAUGUCUUAACUUCAGUAAGUAUUGGGUAGCUGAGGUUUGAGGCUAUGCUUGAUGUUAUCUAUAAAAUAAAACACUUAUCCUUAUAAGAAUCCAGUCAUUUGAGAGGAGGGGUAUUCACAGAUUAGAUUGAGGAUGUUGAAAUUGUUGAGAACCUUUACCUUAAGUAUGGCAAUGGAGUUUAGAAAGUGAAAAGGCCUGACUGAUCCACCCUGUAAAUGGUUGGGGGCUAAGAAGGCUUGUGGAUGGGUGGGGCUGACGAGGAAGGAGAUGGAUUCGUGGAGCUCUGACUCAGCAGAAUACCACUUGGGAAAAAUGAGAUACAGAUUUUGUCCCCAUGGAGAGCCUCAGGCAACCUGAAAUGUCUUGUUGGACACAGAUGACCAUUACCCCUGUUCUAUAGGAGGCUUUUCUUAGGGAUUUUGGGGUGAUGGAUUAAGGGACUCUUGUUACACUCACCCUGGCACUCCUACUGGGAAAGUUCAUGGGUUUAAGGGAAUAUCUAUUCUGCCACCCUGUGAUUUUACUGUUCCAAAAGGAUCUCCCCUUCACUUCUCCUUUGCAAAUUGUCUUGGGAUGUAAAAGACUGACUUGUCCGUCCUUCUCUGCACAACUGGAAAUAGGACCCAGAAGAAUGCCGUUAUGAGGCUGUGUUUGGUAGGCUCUUCAACACCUUUUUAUUGGCUAAAGUCUUGAGCAUCGAAGGCCUUGUAACUUUGCCCUCCCCCCCCAAAAAAAAACCCAGGCCAAAUGAUUACAAGGUGGUUGUUGUUUUCUCCCUUGUCUGACUUUUAAAUUAAUGAGGCUAAGUCUAUUCCCUUUAGACAGUGCUUCACACAAUAUAACCUGCUUUCCCUUACUUUGGGAGAUUUCCAGAUGGAGCUCAUUAGGAUGGAGAGAAAUUUUGAGGCAAAACACAGAUCUGAUACCUCCCAGGAGACAGGUGUAGACAGGAUCCAGAGUUAGGGAUUGGUGGGCAAGGAAUCUACCCUCACUUUCCUCCUCUGAUUCCCAGCCCCCCUCAGUCAUCUUGGUAUUCAUGUUGGGCAGCCAAGAAAGGCUUAAUCAGCUAGGAGAGGGGCCUUCACGUAGGUGAUCUCUGUCCCCUGUCUUGUUCUCAUACGACACAGCUAUCUUUUAUUAAUCCUAACCCUCUUCGAUGUAUAGUUACAGAAACCUGGGAUGGAAGCUCAGAUACUCAUCAUUUACUCCCCCCAAGAGGGACUGUCAGGGAGUAGACUGAAGAAGUGAGCCUUCCUCAAAGAAGUACUCUUCCUCUUCGUGUUGCCAUGGACUGGGUAGGGGGGGUAGGGCAAGGAGAGGAGAACCAAUGGGAAAUUUGAUUCAGGACUUUUAAUCUAUCAUUAUUCACAAGCAUCAGAUUCAUUCUGAAGAAAGUAGCCAAGUUCAUAGAUACCAAAAGGGAAGGGUUGAAGGUUUUUUCCUGCUUAAGAAUUUUUGCACUCACACAUGCAGUAUGUGAUAGCAAUAUGUACAAAAGUAACUGGAGACUUGUGAUUGGCUGCUUAGAAAAGGUGGCUAGAACUAAAUAAUGCUCUCUUUGAAAGAAAAGGUUUAACAGUGGAGAAGUUAGUAUAUAUUUUUAUAUUUUUGUAACAAUUGCUUUUUUCAUGGGGGGCGGGGCAGGGAGGAAGGGUUCAUAUUUUAGUCUUAUGGAGCCCAAUGGAUUUUUAUAUUUCCCUUCAGACAACAGCCCUAAAAACUUUGCAAGGUUUAUAUGAUUUUUAAAGGUGCCAUACAUUUGUUACACUUAAUAACACCCACACACACACACAGAGAAAAUACAGUUUAAAAAAACCAGAUACAAGCUAUUCUAGGGAGGUCAAUUUCAUUUGAAAGGACUGAACUCUUAGAGAUUUGAGUUUUAUGCACCUUUUGUUUUGGUGCCUUGACUUUUUUGGCACCAAUUGCAGGGGAGGGGGAAAGAGCCGGUCGUUCCUCAACUGCUGUGCUUUUAAUCAGCAAUGUAAGUCUUUCUACCGUGUCCUUCACCACAUCUGUCUAUCAUAGCCAGCGGAACCAACCUCACACAUAACAAAAUCCACUCUCAGAGGUAAGUCCAUGGAGUUGCAAGCCCAGAUUGUUGAGCUGUUUCCAUUGUUAACUGUAGCUUGCCACCAAGAGCAAAUACAGACUUCAUUCUGCAUGUUUCCAGUUUGGGUUCUCACAGGGAUCUGCUGAUAAGGUCUUUCAUGAUGUUAAAGUUUUUAAACAAUAAAACACAUGCAAAAUA